AUGGGCGAGUCUGCACCCUCCGCAGACGCCGAGUCCUCCGAUGGCCCCUCGAAACCCAGCAAACCACACAUCCUCCCAGACGUCGUCAACAUCACACCCACAGGUGACAUCAUCCUUUCCGUAACAUUCGAAACAUCCACCGAGACACUCAGGAAAACUCGCAAGGCAGCCCUACCUGCCUCCCGCAAAGCCAGUCUCAAUGGCCAAUCCACGCCGUCGCAGGCAUUGAAGCCCAAGGUCACCAUCGCAUACCGCGUACAGCUGGACAUGCUCAAGACAUACUCGCAGUACUUUGGCAAUUUGCUCACAAACCCGCAAUUCCGGGAAGCCAAGCUUGUUACCGCUCUCCAUGCCGACCUAGCUGCCAGAAAGAUAAGGCCUUCCGAAGCAGAUCCAGCUGAGCUGCCCCAUGUGAAAAUCACAGAUGAUGAUGAGGCGACGCAGUCUGCGGGCAGGGAAUCCGUCUUUGAGGAUAUGCUCCGCAUUCUCCACCAGGUGCCUAUCAAGACGACUCGCGCCGUCAUGUCGUAUGCGACCACGCUGGCGUUGCUAGCAGAUCGGUUCGACUGCCGCGCACCUGUGUCUCGAGCCCUCACGGACAUCAAGUUCAAGUGGCCCCUGACCAACACCCGUCCCUCUAACCAACCAAUUGCAGAAGAACUCCGGUAUCGUCGAGAACGUAUCCUGGACACCAUAUCCUCCAUUCAGCGCCACUUCCUUACCCUGUACGCCUCUCGUAAUCGCCAGUGCAAACUAGGCUACGACUCCAGCACCGCCUGCGACUCGUUCCAGUUUGGCCAGAUGCUGAAAUUCCUGCUGUCAAAGGAUCUGCUGCACCUCGUGGACUUUGCGCCGUCAUCAGUGGACAGCGUGCCGGACACGUCAAUGGUGGAUAUAGAAGAGCUGUUGGGGACCUUGAAACAGUGUCCCAAUUACCAGAUUGACAAGCACCAUACAAACUGCGGGCUGAGGAUUCGAAUUGACCCCAUUUUAGACUAUGUUACGGCCAUGGUAGGUGCGGGUGUGGUGGCAAUUCCACUGGCCGAUUGGAAGCGAAGGAGGGCAGAUGUGUCGUGGUUGAAUGAGAAGGGGGGUUUGAGGAACGAUGGAGACGUGGAAGAGGGCCCCAAUGCGUUUGCCUUUACCAGGGCCCUGGCGACCGAUCAGAGGUUGAGGUAUGAGGGAGCUAUUUAUGCAGAUAGGAUGGCCAGGAGGCUGUUCACUGCGGAUACAUGGAACUGGACACCAGAGGCCUGA